AUGACAUCUAUCAUCUCUACAUUUGACGAAAAAGAAAAAAAAUCAAUUAGCGAGCUUAAAGAGCUGCUUCCUGAUAUUGUAAAAGACUCUGGCGUUCCUGAGAACUACACUCUUUGGGGCGUUUCCUUGGAUAAAAAUUCAACAGAUGAACGACUUGAUGUUAUUCUUGUAAAAUAUUUACGGGCAAGAACAGAUGAUAUACUUACAGAAUCAUUCCCUUCCGACACAUUUUGUAAAGUUGGAUUCAUUCAUAAACAUGACAAAAAAAAUCGACCUAUCACUUAUAAUCUAUAUGGUGGUCUUAAGAAUGAAGAAGUAUUUGGAAAUUUAGAUAGAUUUCUAAGAUGGCGAGUUCAAUUAAUGGAAAAGGGAAUUCAAUUGUUGGAUUUUAAAACAGUUGAUCAGAUGAUUCAAGUUCAUGAUUAUAACCUUGUCACAUUUGCGUCGUAUGAUAAAACUGCCAAGACCGCUAACUGGGUAUUUAAAUUUAUUUCAGUGUUUUUGAAUGAACAAACAAAGGCAAAGUUUGUGGUCACAUCCGCUGGUGGUGUCAAAGAUAGCAUGUUGGCGGUUAUUGAUGAAGAUAAUUUACCGGUUGCUUAUGGUGGUAAAAGUAUUGUACCCGAACUUGAAAAUAAGAAAAGUGAAAACCAGCCAUCUUCUGAAUAA